AUGAGAGAAAGUCUUAUCGUUGACUGCAUACUGUGUAACGGUAUUUCUAAUUUCAUUUUAAUCGAAUAUUAUUGAUUAAUUUUUUUUAGUGACUACUAAAGAAAGUUUUGUACUAUAUUCUGAAGAUGUUUCGAACGAAAAAGGAUGUUGACCGACACGUAAAAGACAUUUUUAUCAAACUCAAAAGCUCAGAGGAGAAAAAGCUUCGAUGUUACAAUAUUGCAAAAUUAUAUUACCAAGUUGGAGACCAUGAAUCUGCAAAAAAAUAUGUUUCAAAUUAUUUGGAAAUAAGAGAUAAAUCUGCAGGGGCUCAUAAAUUAUUAGGUCAAGCUCUUGAAGCUUUGGGACAAAAAGAAGCAGCAUUUAUGCAAUAUAGAAUAUCACUUGAAUUAGAACCAAAGCAAGAUGAUCUUCUUUUAAAGGUAUGUGAGCUAUUGCCUGACAUGGAUGUUAGUAUAGACAUGAAUGAAAUUCAAUACUGGGUAGAGAGAGCUGAUAAGAAAUUUCCACAUCAUCAAAUAGUUUUUGAGUUAAAGGAAAAAUUAUUAACAUUGGAAAAACCAAAUGCUGAAUUAUCGGUAAGACAAACAGAUGUGCAUCUACAAGUGAAGUUGCUCAAACAUUAUAUAGGAAAUCAUAGACUUGAAGAUGCAUAUAAUAAAGCAGCUGAAAUUGAGGCAACACAUUGUCACAGAAAUAAUAUUGUUUGGUAUCAAUCAAUAAGUGAAUUACUUGUGAAAUGUAAAGAGAAUAAACAGUCAGAUUGGACAUUUUGGAUAUUUUAUAUUUCCGUGUUAGAAAGAUAUGCGGCACUUUGCCUUAAAGAACAGGGUAAUGUUAUUAGAAAAAGUAUAACCGAUAUUACACAAGCAGUAUUUAAUUUUGAUCAAAGUUUAUUUGAAUUUAAAUCAAAAAACUUCUCUACUCAUCCUGCUUUCAUUGAACACAUGUUACUACAUAUGUGGGGUCAAUUACAUUUUCAUUUAGCAUAUUUAAUUUUACGGAAAACUAAAGUUGUUGAAGAUAGUUGGUCUGAAGCAGGUAGAUUGUGUGGAUCUCUUUUGUUAACUGCAUUACAUGUAGCACCUAUAGAUCCUACUGCAGUAUGGACUAUGCAUUUGAAAGAUAGAUUUAAGAAUCAAGUACAUGUUUGGUAUAGAGAAGGAGCAUACAGAUAUAGCCAAGCUGGUCAUGUACUUCGAGAUUAUGCUCGUGAUAAUACUAAGAAAUUAUUAGAUAAAAUUGAUAAAUUUUGUACAAGUUCAUGGAGAGAACGAGUGUACCAAAGAAUCUUUGUUGGUCGAUUGUAUCAGAAUCGUAAAACAUCAUCAUAUUUCGUGAACUCUUCAAUUUCAAAUCCACCAUUACGUUUAUGCUCAUUUAAUGAACUGAAACGAUUUGAUGAAAUAUCAGAAGAAGUAUGGCCAGAUUCAUUACAUCAUCAAGUUUGGCUUGGUUUAAGAGCACGACCUCAUGGCUCACCAAAUAAAGAUAAUGGGCCCCAUCCAAAUCAAACAUCGCAUGUUUUUUGUGAACUACAAUUUUCUGUUUAUAAUUUACAUCAAGCAGCUCCUGAAAGUUUAAGUCGUCUCGAUAUCGAUGCAUUUUUGAAUGCUGCUAUCUGCACUUCUUCGGUAAUUGAAGAACAACAAUUGAGUGGGCUUUUGAAUCCUGAAAAAUUACCUACAUUGCCAGCAGAUCUUACUAAUACUCUUUGUACUUGUGCUCAAGAACAGUGGUGGUCUUACGCUUAUAAAGUAUAUUCCAUGGAUAAACAAAAACCACUCGACGAUGAUAUUGGAGAAUUGAGAUUAGAAUUACAAAGAGGCUUAGAAGUAAUUCGUUGCCUUGGAAAUCACGGAUUACAUCCUGUUCUUUUAGUUCACUUAGCGCGAAUAUUUCAUCAUAGAGCAGAGGUAUUGAAAGAAAUAGAUCAAGAAAAUAGUGAUAUACCAUAUUUAGAAGCACGAUCUGAAAUGUAUUGGUCAGCUGCAAUACCGCUCCUCGAAAGAUUACAAAAUAAUCAAACUAUUCGUAUAACUAAUUCUAAAUUUUUCAACUAUCAAGGGAAAGAUAUGAAUAAUGCAGAAUUAAUUAAAGCUUUAGAGGAAGGUAAAUUGCUUCUGGCUCAACAAUUUGUACGCAACAAGCAAUACGAGAAAGCUAUAGAUGCACUACAGGCACUAAAAUGUCCAGAAGCUUCAGUUCAACAAGGCCAAAUGUAUGAAAAGCUUGCAGAUGAGAUCGUCAGUUCUAUACCCAAGGAAAGUUUAACAUCUGAAAUGAGAUCGCAACAUAUAAUUAUGCUUUCAAAAGCAAGAGAAUGUUUUUAUCUAACAUUAGAUCGCUUGCGCAGUCCAAGUACAGAUCCAAAACAUCCUUUGAACUCGUUACUUUCCACAUACAUUACCAAUAUUGAAAACAAAUUGAAAAGAAUCGAUCCAGAUCUAUCACGAGGUGAUUUAAGUCGAAAUGAAUGCGAUGGAAUGUCAGAUGAAAGUUACUCUUCUGCUCAUAGUGUUCCUGAUCAAGCAGUUACAAAAAUAUCAACAUUAACGGGAUUAAAUCCUUCAGUUAACAUUUUGAGUACACCACAGAAAAACGUACAUCGCACACCAAAACAAUCUAGCACUCCUUACAAGGCAUAUCAAGAUAUAUUGGAUUUAUCUCGAAAUCGUUCUGAAGCACGUCCAAGUCCUGAACGCCUUGAUGCUCAAAUUCGUUCACUAAAUCAAAUGAUACAUGCAAAGGAUAGUAAGAUACAAUCAAUAUCAGAGCAAAAUAAAACUAUAUUAGAAUUGAAUAAAACAGUAAUGGAAAAAAUCGAAAAAUUAGCGAAAGAAGUAACAGAAUUACGAAAAGAAAUUCAGAAACAACGUACUCAAAUAGUCAAUGUUAAUUCCAAUCUGGAAGAAGAUUUGUGUAUUUUAAACGAAGAUGAUUACAAUGAUUUGAAUUACACUGCAAGUCAAUCAGGUACCGCGUCCUCGAUAUCCGGGAAUAUAUUCCAAUCUUCUCACAGACAUCCAUACUCUCAGUUGGUAUAUCCUUCAGCUACUUUUCAAGGAUAUUAUCCAACAGGAAUGUCAUUCAACGAUCCAAAUACGCAAGCUAUUCCUUCUUUAUAUCCACCAAAUGUUUAUUCAAUGCCGGUACUGUAUCCUAGUACAAGAUCAAAAAUGCCCGAAAAUAUUCUUCAACAAAGUUUAUUUAUACCACCGACAAAUCAAUCAUUGCAAAUUCCAAUGCAAAAGGUAGAAACAUCAAAGCCAGAGUCAACUAUAAAGGAUGCUCCUGUAAAUAAAAUUCCACCAGUUAAUGUUGCCAUUACCACUUCUGAUACACUUCCAACUACAGCACCAAUUGUCCAGCCAACACUUAGUGUAACAAUUCCUCCACAUUUCAGACAAGGUAGUUCUUCUACUCCAGUUACCACAGAACAAACUGUUCCACAUUGUUAUCAAAUUUCUAUGCCUUCCCAAGCUACUAUACCAACAACAGUAAACUUACCACCUUUGUCGAAUACUCUUACAACUAUUCCAGCAAAUCUUUCUGUAUCAGAGACACCAAAGCAAGAUACUACUAUUUGUUCAACUGGAUCUGCAAAUAGUUCAGAUCAUGAACACGAUCCAAUACCAGAUUUUAUUCCUGUGAUACCAUUACCUGCAGAAGUUAAAGUCACGACUGGAGAAGAGGGUCAAGAGACACUAUUUUGCGCAAGAGCUAAACUUUAUCGUUUCGUGGAUAAUGAAUGGAAAGAACGUGGUAUAGGUAAUGUUAAAUUACUUAAAAAUGAAGAAGGAAAAGUUCGUUUACUUAUGCGUAGGGAACAAGUAUUAAAAGUAUGUGCAAAUCAUUAUCUUGUGCCAGAUAUGGAAUUAACUGCUAAAUCAAAUAAUGAAAAAGCAUGGUUUUGGGUUGCACAUGAUUUUGCUGAUGGAGAGUUGAAAAUAGAAAAGUUUUGUAUUAAAUUUAAAACCGUUGAAGAAGGUAUUUCCUUUAAAGAACAUUUUGAUAAAGCUAAAGCAAGUCUUACUUCUGAGAAAGUAAUUGAAAAUAUUGAUAAACCAUCAACUAAAAUCAGUACAUUAAGUGGUUCUAAAAAAUCAGAGAAAACAAAAUCAGACUUAAAAGCUGUAGAACAAACACCAUUUAUUUCUGGGCAAACUGUUCAAAAACAAUCUACAGAUGUGACUAUAACUACAGAAAGCAUUACAUCAGAGAAAUUAAAAUCUAAUGCACCUACAACGGUUAUUGGUGGAUUUUCAUUUACAUCAACACCAAUUAUUCAAAAACCAAUGAUUACUGAACCUGCGAAAGUUCCUACUAAAUCAGAAGUUAGUCCAUUUGCUGGUUUUACGUUUAACAAGACUGUAACAAGUGCUGAAAGUUUUACAACUUCAUCGCAAAAAAGCAUGACCUCUGGCACAAUAGCUACACCACAGUUUACUUUUCCAUUUACAAAACCAACUACACCUUUACAAUCAGGAGCUACAACAGUACCAACUGUUAGUAUUCAUAACACACCAAUUUCGUCUUCACAACCAAUUAGUACUGCUGUUACAAGCGAAAGUACUUCUGUUAGUACUUCUCAAUUUUCACUCAGAAGACCUCAUGCUUCUACUCUUGGAAAUUCAACUAUUCCAACAUUUAUUGUGGGCAUUCAAGAUGCAGACAAAUCUGGUAUGCAAUUUGAAUGUGAAGAAGCGUUAUUCAAUGAGAAAGUUAAUCUUCAGUACUAUAACAAUGACGUUAAACAAUGGGAAAACAGAGGUACUGGGCAGAUAAAGAUUUUAUGGAAUUCCAAAACAAAUAAAAUUCGUUUAUUAAUGAUAGACGAAACAAAUAUGAAAGUUUGUUAUAAUUACAAUGUUCUUGCUAAAUUUCCAUUUACAGUCAAAAGUAAUAGUAAUACAGUUGUCAAUUGGAAUAUACAAUAUGGUUCAGAUAACAAAAUCGGAAUGUUUGCAGCAAGAUUUAAAACGUCUAAUCAAGCUUCUCAAUUUUGUAAUACAAUUACUAGUAAUCAGCAAAAAAUGAUAAAAGAUUGUAUAACUGCUGAAAAUUUGAAAAAAUCAGAGACUCUUCAAAAUACACAACCAAAUAAAAUACAGAAUUCUUUGUCUGAAAUGUUUAAACCACCACCUGGUUCGUGGGAAUGCAAUGCUUGCUAUACAAGAAACACCGCAUCGGAUGCAAAAUGUUUAGCUUGCGAAGCGCCAAGUCCUUCUAUGUCUAAUAAGUCAAGUAUUUCAAGUACUAUUACAUCAAAUCAAAAACUUCAUUCACAAAUGUUUAAACCGCCUGCUGGUUCAUGGAAAUGUAAAUCUUGCGACAUAGUUAACGCAGCAGAAAGUAAUUAUUGCGUCGCUUGCGAUACACCAAAAGAUCCAUCUCUUCCACCCAAACCAAAAACUGAUGGUUUUCAAAUAAAUACAAGUUCUUCUGGAGUUACACCUACAUUUACCUUUGGUAUUCCACAAGACAGUACUAAAAAAAGUACAAGUGGAUUUUCAUUUCGUUUAUCUAGUACUAGUGAUGUUUCCAUAGAUAAAUCUACAUCUUCAAAAUCUGAUGAAAAAAUGGAUACGUCAAAUGCAAAAUUUGUUUUUGGAAUGCAACAAAAAUCGAACACUCCAACGAGCAAGGAUUCUACAUUCAUUUUUGGAACACCAGGAAAACCGUUUGGGUUUAAUUUUGUGUCCAAAUCAUCUCCGACAAAAUCUGGUGGUGAAGAAAAUAGUGAAGAGGAAGUAGCGGAAAGUGAUGACAUUCAUUUUUCACCUAUAAUUCCAUUGCCAGAUAAAAUUGAAGUUAAAACAGGAGAAGAGGAAGAAGAAGUUCUUUAUAGUCACAGAGCAAAGUUGUUUAGAUACGAUAAAUCGGAAAAUGAAUGGAAAGAACGUGGUUUAGGUGACAUAAAAUUAUUACGGCAUAAGGAAACAGGUAAAUUGAGGCUAGUAAUGAGACGCGAACAAAUAUUAAAGUUGUGUCUGAAUCAUUUUGUGCUUCCAAAUUUGGAAUUGAAGCCAAAGGAUGAGAAAACAUGGAUGUGGAAUGCUGCUGAUUAUAGUGAAGGAGAAAUUGAACCCACUCUUUUUGCAUGUCGUUUUAAAACAUCUGACAUCGCAAAUAAUUUUAAAGAUGUAAUUGACAAAUCAAGGAUAAAGCUUCCAUCCAUUGAAAAAACUACUGAAACAAAAGUAGAAGCAAUUACCGAAGUUUCUUUUGCGCAAGAUAUUGAAAUUCUGUAUGAAAUGAAAGUAACACCCGAAGAAAAACAAGCUGCACUAAAGUUUCAGCUUCCAGAAAAUUUCUACGCGUACAAACAAAAACCAGAUUGUCCUGGAUGUAGAGGUUGUAAAGGAGAUUCAGAUGCAUCAUUACUUCCAGAUGAAAAUCUUGAAAAAGCAAUAUCAACAUCAAAAACAUUUACAGAGGAUCAAAAAUCUCUGAUUACUACAUCUGGGACACAGUUACUUUCAAACACUAAUAAUUCAAGCAAUACAUCUAACGAAAUUACAACUGUUCAAACACCUGUUUCAACUACUAGUACAACUGCUUCUUCUCUUUUCAAAUCUGGACUAUAUGGUACAACCAUACCACAAUUUACAACAAAUUCUCUAUCUACAACAACUACAUCAAGUAUACCAUUUGGAAAUAUUGAUACUACUACAUCAAAUGAUAAGAAAACUGGUUUUUCUUUUGUAAUGCCUCAAACUACGUCCAGUACAAAUGAGAUACAAAAAUCUGCAGCCGAUAAACAAAAUACAUUAAUACCUGAGAAUUUGAAAAUCUGCAGUCCCACUAAUUCUCAAGGGCAAAUAGAAUCAACUACAUCUUUUUCAUUUAUGACACCAUCAAUAACCUCUACAUCUAUAUUUGGAAUGGCAAAAUUAGAUAAUACAGGAAAAAAUAUUUUUGGUGGAAUGUUGAAGAAAGAUUCUUCUGGGUUACUCAAGCCCAGUUCCAUCAAUGUCAGUACAAAUAAUUCUGAAUCAGUAUUUUCAACUAAUUUCAACACUCAACCAAAAACAACUACAAAUACUACAAUGGCAUUUGGUGCUACUCCUAUUUUCGGAACUUCUGGAUUAAAAAGUUCUGAAAGCACAACAACCACAGGUUCAACAUCAUUUGAUGCAUCUGCUAAAUCUACUAAUUCAGUAUUUCCUAAUGCAUCUGCAUCAUUUUCAUCUAAUUUAUUCUCUGGUUCACGUACAAAUACAUCAUCUUUUACAAUUUCAAAUCCUGUAACAACUAAUGCUUUUGAAACAAUAACACCAACAACAAGCGAAACACAAAAGGAAGGUGAGAUUUUCUUUCCAACAACAGAGAUAUCAUUUUCAAUUUUAGCAGCCAAAAGUUCCCAAUCUACAUUUAAAACAGAUCCAAAUUUUUCUUUUGCUGGUGCUGGGUCAGCUGUAUUUGGUUCAAAAUCAAAAUCUGUACAAAAAAAGAAAGAAGUUGCAGUAGAAAAAAAAGAUGAAAACGAAGAGGAGGAAGAUGAUCAAACCGAAAAUGAUCAAGAACAUGAUCCUCAUUUUGAGCCUAUUGUACCUCUACCCGAUAUUAUUGAAGUACAUACAGGAGAAGAAGAAGAAGAAAAAGUAUUUUGCGAAAAAGCAAAAUUAUACAGAUACGAUAAGGAUGUGUGUGAAUGGAAAGAAAGAGGAAUUGGAGAGAUGAAAAUUUUACAUCAUGCAAAAUAUGGCCGAUACAGAUUACUGUUACGUCGAGAUCAAGUUUAUAAAGUAGUAUGCAACCUGUUACUUACUCCAGACAUUACCUUUAAUAAAAUGACUUCGACGGAUCGUGCUUGGGUCUGGGCAGGCAUGAAUUAUGCUGAAGAACAACCAUGUAUAGAACAACUAGCAGUUAAAUUUAAAACUCUAGAACUGGCAAAAAAUUUCAAGGAUACAGUUGAUAAAAUCCAACAAUCGCUAAGCGAAAGCCGAGAAAAAAAUGUAGAAGAUGGUCCAGUAAUGGAAGAACCGGAAGAUGGGGAAAAUGAGGUAAAUGAAGAAGAAGGCGAAAUAGGCGAAGUUGAGAUAGAUGAAGUAGAGGAUGAAGAAGAGGAAGAUGAUGAUGAUGAUGACGAUGACGAUGAUGAUGACGACGACGACGACGAUGAUGAUGAUGAUGAUGACGACGACGAUGAUGAUGAUGAUGAUGAUCAAGCUUCCAUAACUUUUGAAAAAAGGGCUACUCUGUUUACUAGAUCAAGUAAAGAAAGUCAAUGGAAACUUGUAGCUCUAGGAAAUUUAAUUAUUUAUUAUGAUUCUAAUAUUUUUGGUGAAAAAAUAAUAUUAAAAGCAGAUAAAACAGAUGAAGUUGUAAGCAACACGAUUAUUAGUAUGAACACAAAAAUGGAGAUAAAUGGAAAAGAAUGCGUUUGGACAGCAAUUGAUUAUGCCUUGACACCACCGAAAAAACGCACUUUACGUGCCACUUUUUCAUCAGUUCAUGUCGCACAGGAAAUGUACAAACAUUUUCAAGAAGGAGUAGAAUACGCAUAUCAAGCAGACAUCAGUGAACCAUUUUAUGAAGAAUAAAAUAAAAUGAUUCCUCAUAUUUCUCACAAUAAAGUAUUGUAUCUCUUGUAAACAAACCAUUUAAUUUUAAUUAAAUUUCAAUUCAUAGAAUAAGUAGUUCUCAAUUUCAUCCGUUUUUGUGGGUGUAAUUGUAUAAUAAAUAAUUGUACAAAUUAUUUAGAAAUUUAUGGAAAUAAGUAAAUUUUUGUCAAUUUCUAUGCGUUCCACUCGUAAAAAAAGAUAUAUAUGCAAAGAUGGAUCAAAAAAUACUUGAUUAAAAAUUACGUAUUAGUUGUAAGUUCGAAUUUAACAUGUGAUAUUUAAGAAACUUGAUAUUUAUAAAAGUAUUUAUUACAAUAAAAAUGCAUGCAUGUUUCAAGCCAUUAUAUUCCUUUGAAUAACCUAAAAACAAAGUUUCAUUCGUAAUAAUGAUUAAUUGCUAACAAAAUCAUUUGCAAGGUUAUCAUCCAUUUUCUGUUGUUUAUGCCUAUUACAUACACACAUAUAUAGUACACAGUACAGUGUAUAUAUGUACAAAGAUGCAAUAGUAUGUAAGUAUUUAAAAUACUGGACACUGUACGAUUCGCUCCUGCCUGAAUAUUUUGAUACAUAGUUUAUUAUAGUAAUAUCUAUUAUUACAAUGUCUCUUGCAACGAAAGGAAUUUUUAUUGUAGCUGCAAAACGUACUCCAUUUGGUACAAUGGGUGGUGUAUUUGCCAAUAAAAGUGCAACUGAUUUAUCAGUUGUUGCUGCAAAAUCUGCUUUGCAAUCUGCAAAGUUAAAUCCUGAUAAAAUAGAUAGUAUUGUUUUUGGACACGUAUUAGCUCUAUCAUCUGCUGAUGGAGGUUUUUUAGCACGUCAUGUCGCAUUGAAGUCAGGUAUACCUUUAGAAAAACCAGCAUUUUCUGUAAAUAGAUUAUGUGGUUCUGGAUUUCAGUCAAUUGUUAAUGGUGCACAGAGUAUCUUAACAGGAGAAUCUAAAAUAGUUUUAACAGGAGGAACAGAAAAUAUGAGUCAAGUUCCCUUUGUUGUAAGAAAUAUUCGUUUUGGUACAACUUUAGGCCAGAAGUAUGAAUUUGAAGAUGCUUUAUGGCUUGGAUUACUUGAUACUUACUGCAAUAUACCUAUGGGUGGAACUGCAGAGAAGCUUGGAUCUCAAUAUAAUUUAAAAAGACAAGAAGUAGAUGAAUUUGCUCUAAGAAGUCAACAAUUAUGGAAAGCUGCCAAUGAUGCUGGUCGUUUUAAAGAGGAACUUGCACCUGUUACAGUAACUGUAAAAAAGCAAGAUGUUGUUAUUAAUACAGAUGAACAUCCAAGGCCUCAAACAACUCCUGAAAGUUUAGCUAAAUUACCUUCUAUUUUUAAGAAAGAUGGUUUAGUUACAGCAGGAUCCGCAUCUGGCAUUUGCGAUGGUGCAGCGGCACUUAUCUUAGCUAGCGAAAAAGCUGUUAAGGCUGAACAACUUACGCCAUUAGCACGUUUAGUAGGAUAUAGUGUUGUAGGUGUAGAACCCAGUAUUAUGGGAAUUGGUCCAGCUCCAGCUAUCAGACAACUUCUUAAAGUUACGAAUAAAAAUAUGAAUGAUAUUGAACUUGUCGAGAUUAAUGAAGCAUUUGGAGCUCAAACAUUAGCAUGUGCUAAAGAGUUAGAUUUAGAUAUUAAUAAAUUAAAUGUAGAUGGUGGGGCUAUUGCUCUUGGACAUCCAUUGGCUGCAUCUGGUAGUAGAAUUACUACACAUUUAAUACAUGAAUUAAGGAGACGAAAAAAUGCAAAAUUAGGAAUUGGUUCUGCUUGCAUUGGUGGAGGUCAAGGGAUAGCUGUGAUGAUAGAAGCAUUAUAAUCAUAUCAUUACAGAAGUUCUAAGCUUACAAAAUUGUGAUAUAAAGUACGUAUUAUAACAAAUAUUGAAACAUACAUGUAUUAUAAAAUGUAUGUUUAUAUGUUUAUUUUUUAUAUUUUAUAUAUAAUAUUGUUUUAUAUUUUAUACAUAUAAUAAUGUAAAGACAUUGAAAAAUUUAUAUUUUUAUAUAUUAAUAUUGAUAUACUAUACUUAUAUUUUAUAUAUUUUAUAUAUUAAUAUUAUAUACUAUACUUAUAUUUAGAUUUUUAUAUUUGAAAUUCUAUUAAACUCAUUAAUGUUUAAUAAAUUUUAAAUAAAUAUUUUUAAUAUUUUUCUACUGCAAAUUUAUAAUCAUUAAUAACUUUAAGUAUCUGUAGAAGUUUUUAGAACGGUAAAAAUAGAAUAUGACAUACGUAGAAUCUAAAAAUCACAUUAAUAAAUGUAUAAAUAAAUAAGAAAAAUCAACAUAAUGAAAAUAGACAUUAAUAUAUACAGGAUGUUUAUAAUACAUGUCCGUAUUUUAAGUAAUGAAUUUAUACAUUGAAAUCCGUAAAAAAAUGUCAUAUGAUAAUAUAUCAUAAAUAUAUCCUAUAUAGGUGUGUGCGUGCGCGCGCGCGCGCGUGUGU